AUGGGCUCGGGAAGAGGUGAUUCGGCAGCCUUCGGGGACUCUCAGGGGAACUCAGAUGAGUUUGUGAUAUCUCCAGUGGAAGGAGAGCUGCGUGUGAGGAGAGAUGUGGAGCUGGACAGAGAGACCACACCCUUCUACAACAUCACUGUCAUGGCCAAAGACCUGGGCAAACCACCACGCAGCAGCAUGGUGGUGGUGGGCGUCCAUGUUCUGGACAUCAAUGACAACGACCCCGUGCUGAUCAACCUGCCCCACAACACCAGUGUGAGCGAGGGGGCGUCCGUAUACACCUUGGUGGCCAGGGUCCGGGCGCAGGAUGUAGACAGUGGACGCAACGCCCUACUCACCUACAACAUCACUGCUGGAAACCGCGACGGCGCCUUCUACAUCAACGACACUACAGGGGUGGUGCAGGUGAACAGGCCUCUGGACAGAGAAAGGGUGGGGGAGUACAGACUGACCAUCACCGUUAAAGACAACCCUGAGAAUCCCCGCAUCGCUCGCCGGGACUCAGAACUGCUGGUGAUCACAGUUUUGGAUGAGAAUGACAACAGGCCCAUAUUCACACAGACCAGCUACCGGGCUGAGAUCACUGAGAACUCCCCCACAGACAGUGCUGUUUUAGUGUUGAACGGACCAGUGUUGGCUGAGGACAAAGACAUUGGGCCCAACGCUGUGGUCAGGUACCAUCUGCUGGGAACAAGACAGGACCUCUUCACUGUGGACUCUGAUACAGGUGUGGUGCGUGUGCGACAGGCGGCGCUGUUGGACCGCGAGAUGUUUGUGGAGCCUCGGGUGGAGCUGUUCCUGGUGGGGGAGGAUGUGUGGGGGCUCAACAGCAGUGUACCCCUCACUGUGACAAUCCUGGACCAGAACGACAACCCUCCUGUCUUCAAACCCCCCAGCCUCACUGUGCACCUUCCUGAGAACAGCCCCACUGGUGUGGUGGUGACCCAGCUGUCUGCCAGUGACGCUGAUUCGGGCUCUAACGCCUGGCUGCUCUACCGGCUGGAAAGUGGCGCCCAGGACCGCUUCAUAGUCGACUCCCUGUCCGGCGCCGUUCUGGUGGGCAACGCCAUCCUCGACCGRGAGGAGCGCGGCUCCUACCGCCUGGUCAUCUUGGCUACAGACCGCGGCACGCCCUCGUUGUCGGGSACUGUCACCCUGUCAGUCAUCCUGGAUGAUGUCAACGACUCGCGGCCGCGUUUCAUUGAACCCGUGACAACUAUCAACGUAAACGAGUCUACGCCGCCAGGCGUGGUGGUGGCUACGCUCGCCGCCGAGGAUCAUGACCUACGACCCCGGCUGGAAUAUUACAUAAUCUCUGUGGAGGCCAAGGAUGAUGGGAAUAACCCUGUAGAUGGCCUGCAAGAGUCGUUCGGCAUCGAUUUCCACACGGGUGCUGUGUUUGUGCAUAACCCACUCAACAGAGAGCUGGUGGCCACAUUUGAGAUCCUUGUGUCGGUGCAUGACAACGCCAGUGAUGUCAUCGACAUGUCAGUCAGCGUACCUAAUGCGAGACUGACAGUAAACGUGCUGGAUGUGAAUGACAACGCCCCGCGGUUCAGACCCUUUGGAGUGGCCAACUUCUCAGAGAAGAUUCUGGAAGGUGCUCAGCCAGGCACCACUCUGCUGUCGGUGUCAGCCGUGGACCCAGACAAAGGCCCUAAUGGACAGGUCAUCUACCAGCUGCUACACCUGCCCCGAGGGGACUACCUCAGACUGGAGGACCCCUCUACUGGUAAGAUCGUAGCCAACCGGACAGUGGACUUUGAGCAGGUGCAGUGGCUGAACUUCACAGUGAGAGCUCAGGACCACGGCAGUCCACCCAGAGUGGCUGAGCUUCCUGUCUACCUGCGUAUAGUAGACAUCAAUGAUAACAAGCCCAUCUUUACACAACCCUCUUACCAGAAGCCAGUGUUUGAGGAUGUUGACUUGGGCACGGUCAUAGUYACAGUCAGUGCCACAGAUGCAGAUUCGGGCCUCUUCUCUGCCAUCGAGUACGGCCUGGUAGACGGAGAGGGCAAGUUUGGCAUCACUCCCUCCACUGGUGACAUCUACAUUCUGUCUCCACUGGACAGAGAGACUAAAGACCACUACACCCUGACGGCCAUAGCUAGGGACAACCCUGGGGGCAGCCCCAACAACCGACGGGAGAAAUCUGUUCAGGUCUUGGUGACCGUUCUGGAUGUGAAUGACUUCCGUCCGCGUUUCUCAGAGCGGAUCUUUGAGACCAGUGUGUUUGAGAACGAGCCCAGUGGGACAUCUGUGAUCACGCUGACUGCCAAUGACCUGGAUGAGGGGGAGAACGGUCUGCUGUACUACAGCCUCCAGGGCCCAGGGGCAGAUGCCUUCUCUCUGGARGCUGACACAGGCCUGGUGCGUUCUCUCCGUCUGCUGCAGUCCUUUGAGUGCUUUAACCUGACGGUGGUGGCUACAGACCAGGGCAAACCACCCCUCUGGGGUACCGCCACCUUACACAUCAUCAUCAUAGAUGUCAACGACAACAGGCCCAUGUUCGUCAGGCCCACCAACGGCACCAUCAUGCACAUCAUGGAGGAGCAGGCCCCAGGCCUGCUGGUGUACGAGGUGUUUGCGACAGAUGGGGAUGAYGGGGUGAAUGGAGAGGUGCGCUAUGCCUUCCUCCAGACAGGCGCUAGGAACAGAGAUUGGGAGAACUUCCACAUUGACGCUAUUACAGGAGUCAUCACCACCGCCYUCAAACUGGACCGAGAGAAGCAGGCCCUGCACAGCCUGAUUGUUGUGGCCUAUGACCUAGGUCAGCCCGUGCCUUAUGAGACAACCCAGCCCCUACAGGUGGCGCUGUUGGACAUCGAUGACAACGAGCCUGUCUUCUUCAAGCCCCCGCGAGGCAGCCUACCGUACCAGACUCUGUCUGUGGCAGAGCACUCUACUCCAGGGACAGUAGUGGGUAAUGUGAAAGGAGCUGUGGAUGCAGACGAAGGCUCAAACGCUGUAGUCUACUACUUCAUAGCAGGGGGAGAUACUGAGGGGAACUUUGGCCUGAGCCCAGGGGGCAUACUGAAGGUGAAGAAGGAUCUGGAUCGUGAGGACAUCUCAGUAUACUCCAUCAUCGUCAAGGCCUCCAGCCACAGGAAUUGGGUCCCUCCCAGGGAUCGGAGGUCAGCCCGGGGCAGUGUGCUUGACCCCAGCCAUGACGCCACCCUGCAGGAGAUCAGAAUCUACCUGGAGGACAUCAACGACCAGCCACCGCGCUUCACCAAGCUGGAGUACACUGCAGGUGUGGCAGCUGAUGCCAAGGUGGGCUCAGAUCUGAUCCGGGUACAGGCCAUAGACAACGACAUAGGGAACAACAGCCUGGUGCUGUACCAUGUCCUGUCCAUUCGCUACAUUAAACUCCAGUCCAAUGACUCUGAGGACAUAGGAAAUGUCUUCAUCAUAGGAGAGACAGAUGGGAUCAUCCGUACCUUUGACCUGUUCACGGCCUACGACCCGGGCUACUUCAUGGUGGAGGUAUUYGCACGGGACCUGGCGGGCCACAGUGACAUCGCCAUGGUAGACAUCUACAUCCUGCGGGACGACCAGCGGGUAAAGAUCAUCAUCAACGAGAUACCCGAGCGGGUUCAACAGUUCCAGGAGGAGUUUAUCAACCUGCUAUCCAACAUCACCAGAGCCAUAGUCAACACGGACGAUGUGCAGUUCCACGUGGACAAGAAAGGCAGAGUGAAUUUUGCCCAGACAGACGUGCUCAUACAUGUGGUCAACAAGCAGACCAACCGCAUCCUGGACGUGGAAAAGGUGAUUCAGAUGAUUGAUGAGAACAAGGACCAGCUGAGGAACCUGUUCAGGAAUUACAACAUCAUGGACGUCCAGCCUGCCAUCAGCAGGAGAGCACCUGAUGACCUCACAACGCUACAGAUGGCCAUCAUUAUCCUAGCUGUGUUGCUCUUCUUGGCAGCCAUGUUGUUCAUCUUCACAAACUGGUACUAUCGCACAGUACACAAGAGGAAGCUGAAAGCCAUUGUAGCAGGAUCCACAGGAAACCACGGUCUCAUGGACAUCCUGGAUAUGCCCAACACCAAUAUAUACUCAUUUGAGGGGGCCAACCCUGUUUGGCUGGACCCGUUCUGUCGGAACCUGGAGCUAGCUGCCCAGGCAGAGCAUGAAGAAGACCUGCCAGUGAACCUCAGUGAGAUCACUGACCUGUGGAACAGCCCUGCUCGGACUCACGGAACGUUUGGCCGCGAGCCCCAGGCCAAGCCUGAGGAUGACCGCUACCUGAGGGCAGCCAUCCAGGAGUACGACAAUGUCGCCAAGCUGGGCCAGAUCAUGAGGGAAGGGCCUAUUAAGGGCUCACUGCUCAAUGGGGUUUUGGACAACUACCUGAGGCUCAAAAAGCUAUUUGCAGCCAGACUGGUCACCAAGUCGACCAGCCAAUGCGACCAAUCGUCAGUCACAGAGCUGAUCCAGAGUGACCUGGAUGAUGACGAGGAUGACCGUGUGGCCAUGGGUGACAGCUGGGGCACGCUGCGCUUCAGACACAAGCUCCCCGUUGAGAUGAGGGGGCCCGACGGCGUCCACAGCAGCACGGGCACACUCCUAACCUCUGACCUCAACAGCCUGCCAGAGGACGACCAGCGGGCCCUGGCAGGCUCCACAGAGGCACUGAACGUCACCGAUGGCGGGCUGUACGCUGAGCGCAACACCCGUACUGAGUCAGCCAAGUCCACACCGCUGCACCGUAACAACAAGGAUACUGACAUGCUGAACGAGAGCCCGCUGGAGAUCACAGAGUUAUGACUAGCCGAGGCCUCGCUGGUCUGAGAAGAGCCACGACUGAGUGGAGUGUCCUACUGCUGUCCCCCUGCCUUCUCCCCUAUCCUCUCCUCAAAAACUGAGGGUCAGACACUGACCACUGUGACCAGGAUACAGCCAGGGGAGAUUGGGGAAAGCGGGUAGAGGGCCAGAGGUUGGAGGAGGUGGAGUGUGUGCAGUCUGGGAACUUCAAAUGCCAGUGAAGAUCUUCGUGAGCCAUGGAUGGCAUGUGUGAGGGAUCCCUUCAAAGAUGGAUUUGAAUUUGGUUUAAUGUCUGAUGGUGGACCAAAUGCAAAGGCUUAGGGGCUGCAUCUCAGUGCUAGAGGCGUCACUACAGACUGGUUCGAAUCCAGGCUGUAUCACAACGAGCCGUGAUUGGG